AUGCAGAUCUUCGUCAAGACCCUGUGAGUGGCAAGGUGAAGCAGUAGUUGGGGCUAUUGGCAAUCUCUCCCCCCCGCUCACGUUUGGUCUUUAUGCCUCUCUGCUCGCCUUGCGCCAUGACAGCACGGGCAAGACGAUCACCCUUGAGGUGGAGUCUUCGGACACCAUCGACAAUGUCAAGGCCAAGAUUCAAGACAAGGAGGGAAUUCCACCCGACCAACAGCGUCUGAUCUUUGCAGGCAAGCAACUGGAGGAUGGACGUACGCGUGAGUUGUGGGAGAGCAUCCAAAGGGGAAUGUGAACCGCUGUUGGGUUAUAGCGACGCGGAGGCGCUUCUAACAUGACCGCACGGCACGCACGCACGCACGCACGCAUUCCGCGCACUCUUAGUGUCCGACUACAACAUCCAAAAGGAGUCUACGCUUCACCUAGUCCUUCGUCUUCGUGGCGGAGCCAAGAAGCGCAAGAAGAAGACGUACACGACUCCCAAGAAGAUUAAGCACAAGCGCAAAAAAGUAAAGAUGAGCGUGUUGAAGUUUUACAAGGUGGACGGUAGCACUGGAGCGAUCAAGAGGUUGCGCAAAGAGUGCCCCGCUCCUACUUGCGGAGCUAGCGUGUUCAUGAGCUGGCACAAGGAUAGGAGCUACUGUGGAAAGUGCCACCUGACUUAUCUGCACCCUGCUGCCGACCCCAAGUGA